GUGUGCAGAUCCAACCAUGCAAUCGUGCAAAGUGUUGCUAGCGUAGCAAGUCGUUGCCUUUUCUGAGGAACGCAAGGAGCACGUGAACGCCUUCUUCAGAACAGUAAAGGGUAAUUCACACCACCAGGCCUGUAUAAAAGCAUCACCAGGAGAGAAAGAGUCUUCAAGAAGUUUGGAACUUGGAGGAGCUUGGAGGAGGAACUGUAUAAAAGCAUCACUGGGAACUUGGAGGAGGAAGCAAGUCAUAUUAACAGAAGGGAAAAAACAGAGUGAUUUGGAAGAUCUAUCGGGGUGAUGGAUGAACUCAACAAAUGGCGGCAUUUGCAUCCGGACCCUGAGGACGAGCUAGCAUACAUGUACAGGCAGCAAGAAGAAGAUCAUGCCGGGAUGCAACAGCAACAUCACCAUUUCGCUGAGCGGCUGCCCGAGCAGCAGCAGUACUACACACCACCACCACCGGUAGCGCCGCCUACGUCCUCUAGCCCCUUCCUUCCUCGUCUUCACCACACCUCCAAUUUCCCGGGCUUUGGGGACCCGGCAGUACCACCUCGGCUGCCGUUCCGGCCGGCCAAGAAUGAGCCAGGGCAGCCGUCAUCAUCGAGCAAUCGCAUCCUCUCCUUCGGCGGGCAGCCUCCUAGCACGCUCAACUUCUCAGGAGGUGAUUGGACGGAAGCCGGCGUUGAAGCGGUGCAGCAGAUGCCGCCGGAUAGGCGGAGCCGGACGCACUGGAACACGCAGGAGCAUGUCAUCGCCGAGCGCAAGCGGCGCGAGAAGAUGCAGCAGCAGUUCGUGACGCUGGCCACCAUCGUCCCCGACCUCACCAAGACAGAUAAGAUCUCUCUACUAGGGAGCACCAUUGAGUAUGUGAAGCAUCUCGAGGAGAAGGUGAAGGCCCUGGAGGGGCGAAGGGAAAAGAGAACGUAUGCGCCCACUGACUUUGAGAGCGAGUGUCAUAUAUCAACUGAUACUGACGCCUUAUGCUCCAGCGGGAGUGCCUUUGGUGCGGGUGGGUUCAACCCGACAGUUGAUGCAAGCGUUCAUGGCGACACCGUCCUAUUGAAAAUAUGCUGCAAGGAGAGAAGAGGAGUGCUAGUGAUGAUCAUCUCCGAGCUUGAGAAUCAGGGCCUCGCCAUGAUAAACACCAGUGUUCUACCGUUCACUGAAUCGUGCCUCAACAUCACCAUCACUGCAAAGAUUGGGGUGGGAUUUUCAUCAACAAUUGAGCUCAUAAUGAACCUAACAGCAGCUCUUAAAGGAUUUGAGAGUUAGGGGAAGAGUUGAGGGGAUAUAUACCGAGAAGCACGUUUGAACUGAAACACUUGUAUAAAUCCUCCCUUUUUCAUUUGUUUUGUUCAUUCAUAUCUUUCAAAAACACAAACAAUAGAACAAGGUUGUUAUAAUAAUUCUAGGUAUACCUUCUCAAAAUCAGGACAAGCUACAUGAUCCAAAAAUAAUAGAUGUCGAAACAAAUGUAUGAUAGAUUGUGUGAA